AUGGGUACAUGUAUUCAGAACAGUGACAUUCUAGCGAAGUGGUUGACCACUGAGAGAAUGGAUCGGCCGAUGCGCGGCGUUCCGCUGGCCAAUGCUCCUCGUGUGCGCCACCUGCGGGCUGCCGACCAAGGACCGUUGGACUGUCUCGUGCCUUUUAUCCCUCCUGUGCUACGCGUGAACCGCGAGACGCGCGCUGAGAUCCGUCGCAAAGUAGCGCAGAUGCUGUCGAAAGAGACGCUGAUGAGCCUUGUGCUUGCUCUAAGACCUCAUUGGCGCUCGCUUGCCGGCUUUUCUGUGGCAUUAUUCAUUUGGAUUCGAGGACUCGUCCAUGUCCACGACCAGGCGCCCGAGUUUGCCGGAGCGUACGUCAUUUUCUGUGGGUUUGCAGCCUUGGGGUACCACUUGGUGUUUGGCCGAGAGGGACACACAGGCGGCAUGAGCGCCUACUCUGUCUUCAAUCGGGGUACACAGCGGAUGCUGGGGUCGUUGUCAGCAGAGCAGUUCGAGAAUGAGAUUCGUCAUCGACCAGUGGGGCACGAAGAGCUACAACCACAACGAGGUGCUGACGCUGCUCGAGAUGUUGAGGAUCACGAGCAAGUGUACGACGAAGAUGACCCGGACUUGAUCGCUGCGCUGAAUCUUUCACUGCAAGAAAAGAAGCGCACUGAGCGUCGAGCGCGGCGCACGUCCCGUAGGAAAUGUUAG